AAAUUGAAAUUUGAUCGAGUACCAUAUUUUUGGUUUUUUGGUCUGGUCAGUAUAAUUCUGGUACCUAUAGGAUAUAGAGAAUUAAAACAAGACUGCGUGCUUAGAGUUUUUAGCUAGUUAUUUAUGCGUACUAUUAUUAAUUAGUAUGCAACCUCCUUUCUAGAUCCUAUUGGAACAACUACCGAAACUGUUGUGUUGAAUAAUAAGACCUUUUUUCCAACAAGAAGAGUAUUAAGAGGUCGCGAAGUGGGUGAUACCAGGCCUUAUAUGGUAUAUUUGAGAGCAGCUCAGUCAGCAGACCCAAAGAUAUCGGAAACGAACUGGUUGUGCGGCGGUGUGAUCAUCCAUGAGCGAUACAUACUCACUUCUGCCGCUUGUAUUGAAGAUGCUAAACGAUUUUACGUCGUCUCCGGUACUCAUAAAUGGGUAGCAGCGCAAGAUAAAUCAAAUGAAUGUAUUAAUAAUGGAGCGAAGAAGGCAAUUUGGAAGUGUGUGCCGAAAGCCUACUACUUUGACGGCGAGGAUUUCGACAAUAUUCGCUGGAUGGUCGGAGACAUAGCGGUGGUCAAGGUGGAGGACAACUUCAACUUCGAGCGCAGGGUCCGGGGGUGCGACUUCAUUCCCAAGAAGGUCGACUUCAAUAACAGGUCCGCCGAUUUCGAGAAGGCUGGGGGAGUUGGUUCCGUCGCCGGUUGGGGCAGCAGAGAGUUCUUUUCAGACGGCACCCUCAUUGGACAGGUGCAGUCGUUGCGAGCUAGUGAAAACUCACCAGCGUUAAUGGAAACAGACGUGGUUCUGAUCUCCAAGGCCAACUGUAAGAAACGCUGGGAGCCUCGCUACCACUUCGUUAUCGACGAGCACAUGAUUUGCUCGAAAGACGAGACUGAUGCCGAAGCUAUGAGCGUCGUCUGCUCUGAACGUGAAGUAAACUGCAAGGAGUUGCUAUACACUGAUGAUGAAAAAUCUGAUGAAGAAGACCAACCGGAAAGGAGAAUGAUGGUAAAUCCGAACUCGCUUUAUGUUCACACUGCUGACCACGAAACAUUUAGAAGGACCAAGGUCCUUUCCGGCGGGUUUUGCGAGAAUGAUCAUGGCGGACCAUUAAUCAUUGGUCAAGGCAAAACCUCCAUGGUCGUGGGUGUCAUGUCCGCCUGCCUGACCAAGGAUGUCGAGAGGAAGUGCUAUGGGCCUUUUCUUUACACCAGCGUCUAUCGAUACAGGAACCUCAUCAGUUGUGCUAUUGAUAAAGACAUUGGACCAACAUGUCGAAAACUAUUAAGAUCAUCGAAAACUCCAGUUACCGAGACUACUUUUGAUUGGAAUAACCAUAUUGAUGGAUCCAAAGGGGAUCAUCCCGCGAUCCACCAAGUACGUAGCUUCGACCACUUCAGGCUAACCGGCUAUUCUCCCACUAAGAAGACAACUGAAAAGCCAGUGGAGGCGCCAAAAACUGAUAGCUAAGUGACAAACUACUUUUUAACUUAUAAUACUAAAUAAACAGUUUGCACAAAGCUAUUGUUUUAUUUUGCCCUAAACUACACAAAACACCAAUAAUAAAUGGGAGUUAUCGAAAAGAAAAUAUGUAAAAGUUAAAAAUUACGGUUCUUUUCUCAUGACUUAAAUUUAUUGUCGCGCAUGUAAUAUUUGGAUGAAAAUAUGUAGAUUCUUUCAAUGCUGAUUUAUAUGCAAUUUUCGCAAUAGAGAAAGAAAACAAAAGUGACAAAGUAAAAUAUUCAUGAAGUGAAAGCUGAACACCAGAAAAGCAUAGUUAAAAAAUUGAUCCUACCAAUUAAUUUUCAGAACUUAAAAAUUCAAUUAAUGGAAGCAAGGAAGCAUAAAAAGCAUACGUAAUAAAUGAAUCCCAAAAUGAUUGAAAUGAUCAAAUUCUGGGCAAUGUUCACAAAGACUAACAACUUAUUCGUAUCAUGCCGUCAGAGUAACGACGCCACAGGAAGUAUCAAAAUUAAAAUGUAAACAAUCAACGAAUCAAAGAAGCCGUGAAAUUGUUAGACCAAGAAUUUUAAUUUAACUAGUAUUUUCUAGUUACCUAGCUCUUUAUAGCAAAUAAAUCACAAUGUUAACAUUUUAUUCUAGGAGUGUUUUUUGCAUCAUAAGCUUAAUUUGUUAUGCUUUAGGUAAGUCACUGUAUUUGUCAUUUAAUAA